AUGGGGCAUAGGCGAUGGUUACCUCCAGAUCAUCCAUGGAGAAGAAACAAGAGACAAUUCAACGGUGCGCAGGAACUAGGUGGUCCUCCCGAAUUCCCGGAUGGUGAUGAGAUCAUGAGACAAUUAGAUGGUGUUGUUAAUCGGGCAAAGACCCGACAGAAGCUGCCCCCUGGGGAAGUUGAUUGGAAGAGGCGAAGUGUCUUAUACGAUUUGCCUUAUUGGAAAGAUCAAUUACUACGACAUAACAUUGAUGUGAUGCACACCGAAAAAAAUGUCGUUGAUAACAUACUUGGCACGCUAUUGGACAUGAGUGGUAAAACUAAAGACAACCUCGAAGCACGUCAAGACUUGCGUAAGAUGAAAUUGAGACAAGAACUUCAUCCAUUUACUGCGGAAAACGGCAAAACACUUUUCCCCGCAGCUUGUUUCACAAUGACAAAAAAAGAGAAGACUGACUUCCUGCAAGUGUUACAUGAUGCUAGAGUGCCAGAUGGAUAUUCUUCAAAUGUGUCACGUUGUGUCAAGCUCAAAGAAUGUACUAUUGGGGGUUUGAAAAGUCAUGACAAUCACAUAAUCAUGCAACAAAUCAUGCCAAUUGCACUUCGAGGAACCUUAUCGGAUGAUGUUGUGAGGCCUUUAAUCAAGCUAUGUGGGUUCUUUAGAGACAUUUGUUCAAAAACACUACGGGUGGAAGAUCUAGAUCGUCUAGAGAAUCAGAUACCCAUAAUUAUGUGCAAAUUGGAACGAAUAUUCCCUCCGGGUUUUUUUACAUCCAUGGUGCACGUAAUUAUACAUUUAGUACGUGAAUGCAAACUGGGUGGACCGGUACACUACAGGUGGAUGUAUCCCGUUGAGAGGAUGCACAUGGAGUCGCUAAUGGAAUCAAACAAUAGGGAAUUUACAUCACAUCAACAAUUGGAGAAGCAACAAAGGGACCAAUUCUGUAGCUGGUACAAGUCAUACGUUGAUAAGUUGGACAAGGCAGAUAGAAUAGAAUUGGGAGAGAAACUUGUAACUCAUGCCAAAGGCCCAAUGUUCGAUGCUAUAGAAUAUAAGCGGUAUGUGGUUAAUGGCGUUUUAUACCGUACCUUGGAUGUCGACGAAGAAAAAAAAAGUCAAAACAGUGGAGUGUGUGUCACCACUGAAGAUGGUCCCACCUACUACGGUAAGCUAACUCGAAUAAUUGAGGUUACUUACUACGACUUGACGCGGUAUGUGCUUUUCAAAUGCGAUUGGGCCGACAUUCAACUGAAUAAGGGAUACAAAAAGGACGAAUAUGGAUUCGAUCUUGUAAAUUUCAAGAACCUAAUACACAUGGGUGCGCGAAUCACUGAUGAUCCGUUCGUACUACCAAAUCAAGUAUCGCAGGUGUAUUAUGUCAAGGAUCCAAAAAUCCAAAUUGGGUUGUUGCUGUAA